AUGGAUAUUCCCAACCCCAAGAAGCUCACCCUCUCUUGUUCACGGUGUCGCGCCUCCAAAUUAAAAUGCGACCGCAAGGAACCUUGUUUGGAAUGCGUGAAGCGCGACUGCGCCCACCUAUGUACCAAAGAUGAGCGGCAACCGAGAGCCAAGAGGACCAAAACCCAACAUACAGAACAGAAACGUAGCCAGGUGACGCCGGAAGAAGAGGAAGAACCGGUGGUCGAAGAAACAGCGCAGGUCUUGGAGCAUUUCGUGGAUGUCAUUCCUCUCCGCACCGAAUCAGCGGGCGUGGCCCCUGACAUCCCCAAUCGUUACUGGGUGACCCAGGAUCAGCAGAGGCACGACCAAAAACUAGCCUUGAUCCGAGAUGUGGUUCACGCCCUGCCAGAAUGGGAUAUCAUCCAACUCCUCUACGAGGUCUUUGUUACACGUUGCCAGGGACCACUGGGAAAUGUGGUGCACACCCCCAGCUUCAUGAAGCAAGCCGACCAAUUGCGCCAGUGCUUGAGUAUGGCUUCCCCCGACGCAGCCAUCGCCAGUACGCUAUCCAUGGACUCUCUUGCUGGUUUACUUCUCGCGCUUGUACUCGGACUCGCCUUCCAUCCAACCCCGUCCCUUCUGGGUGUCCAGCUCACUCCGUUGACCUUUCGCGUAGAGCAGCUGCGCGCCUCCGAUGAGCCUGCAGCGACGUGGCGGUCCCUUGGCGCGGCCAUCAUGCUCCUGUUGGAUACAAAAGAGACCUCACUGGGGCUUGAUGCCGUAUUGGUAACGGCCAUUGCGGGUGCGCGCAAACUUGGAUUGCAUCGCUUAGGCAAUGCCACUUUGGAUGCCACGUCUUCCUUACAUUAUGGCUCUGUGACCGCUGAGCCACCUCAGAUUCGCACCGAGAUUGCGAUUCGCAUUUGGUGGACUCUGGUCAUGAGAGACUGGUCCCGCGGACAAGCUCUUGGCUACUAUACUAUCCGCCCCUCACAGUUUAAUACCCGGAUGCCAUUGCACCUCAAUGAUGAGGAUCUGCUCAAGGCACAUGGCAAGAUUCCUGAGCGCCCUCGCUCUGAGUUUACCAUGCUCUCCUAUACGGUACACGCUUUGGAACUGUCCAUCAUUGUGCGGGAAUUAAUUGAUCUCGGGGACGCCGCAAACGAAGUCGCCCAGCGGCGUCAGCACCUAAAUCAAAAGUACGAAAAAUAUGUGACGAGUUUGCCGUCUUACUUUAGAUUGGGAAGCUCUGUCGGACUCACAGCCAUGGGUCCCAUGGCCGCCAUCCCAGUCCAGCGAUUCAUGUUACAUCAACAGCUAUGGAGUCUACUCCUUCGCCUCCACCGCGCUACUCUCUCCUCUCCCAUAGGACGAGCAUCCUGCCAGCAGCUAGCUCAUAAUAUUAUCAAUACGCAAGCUCAGAUCCAAGCCCGCUGCACGGUUUGUGGCUCAUUGUCCACCAACGAAACGCAACUCUUCAACGCUACCGUUGUGUUGGUCUUGGGGCUGCUGUUUGAUUCCCCGUCAACCAAGGCUGAGCAGUCAAGUGCCCAACUCAGUCGGCUAAUGACGCGAGACCACAUUCGGGAAGCCAUUGAAUUGUUGCGUGCCAAAGUGUCACCUGACAGAUCCUCCGGGGACGCUAUGCCCCAAGGCCCGCCCCAAAGCACGGUGUCGCGCAGUGUUGUGGCCCUCGAGGCACUGAUGAAGUUGGAAGAAAAUUCAGAUGACGGUGCCAACCGCCAUGCGGGAUCGAACCAGAAGCGUGCCCUCCACCGCCAGGUGGUGGAGAUUCUGAAGACCUUGGAUGGCCCAACCACUUCCGCUGAUUCACCCGUUCCAAGAAUAUCGACUCCUGGGGACACCACUUUGACUCUCUCCAUGCCUGUCACGGACGGCUUCCCCGAUCUAGAUGUAAUGCCCAUUCUCUCCAAUGGCCUGAGUCCUAGUAUGUGGGACUUCUUGGACUUCCAGCUACCGGAAGAUGGAGGAAAGGGGAAGUUCUUGCCUAUGGCCGGAGACGUUUACGGGCCCACGGGGUUUACCGACGCAUUGUAUCCAAGCCAAAGCAGUAGCCUCUCGGGGACGCGCUUGACCCAUGAAUCCCCGUCGUCUCUAGGAAACGAACCCGUGUUGGAACACUGUGACGAUCCCUUAUAG